AUGCUGACCAUUUUUGAGGCUACUUAUUUGCAGGAGCGCCAACGCGUAGAAGCUACCUCACAAGACAAUCGAUGGGAAUUUGACCGCAAGGCGCUUUUUGGUGACUUACACCACAUGAAACGCAUUCUUACAGAUAUCUUUGAAAUGGCUAAGGCAAGUUUUUAUCUUCAUGCUUAUGAGAUUAUAAAAGUAAUAUUCGCCGAAUUCCAGUGUAUCAAAGUAUUAUCAAUUGGGGCUAACUAG